GAAAAUGAUUUGACCGCUGAUGCAUCCCGCUGCCUCGAUUCUGCACACACAAGCGGGGGAACACCUCUCACACUCACAAACACCCAUGCACGCCCCAUGCCAAUCCAUAGUGUCUGUACUUAGCCGCACACAAGUGGGGUUCGCCUCUCUCACGAGCGGCUGUGUGGUGGCGUCUCUUCUGAGUGCAUCGCAUCUCAUCUUCGACGCACCAGCACAAGCCCGGAGGAAGCGCAAACCCUCACUAACGCACACAUGGAUGGAUUGGUGUGACGAGCAAGCCAGAAUCCACCCCCCAGUUCACAAAAAAUCUUGUCAGUGGACCGAUGCUGCUGCGAAUUAUAUCUACGGUCAUUCUGUCACAAACAAGUCCCACCCCUCCCCGCCCCUCCCGGCCACGCAGGUAUGCAGUGACACUCGCAAGGGGAUCAGCCAAGAGAGCGGCAGAGAAAAACGUCAGUCAGACAGACAGGAGGCAGCCAGGCAGAAGACAGGCUAGCUAAGGCGCGAUAUACACCCCCUGCAUCUUGCCAUCGGUUGAUCAGCCUGAGUUUGGCUCGGUCGCCUAUUUGGUGGCUUUGGCAGCGGGCAGGUUGCCGACCACGCGGCGCAGCUUGGACAGAAUCUGGGGGUUGGGGAUCGCCUGCAACACCACAACCAACACACACAUGGCAUCGACGUGUCUGAGGAGGGCUGCCCUGUCUUUCAUUGCUCACCUUGCCGGCCUCAUACUCGUUGAUCACCGAUGCCUUCUCGUUGAUGCGCUGGUGACACAACACACCAGAAGGCACAAGAUGCGCGUCACGCAUCCACCAUCGCCUCGCCCUGUCCGCCCACCUGUGCGAGUUCGGCCUGCGUGAGUUUCUUGUCUAGCCGCGCCUGCUGGAGCGCCUUGGCGAAGUCGUGCGACACCCUGUCGUGCUUGAAAUUCUCGGUCUCCUCCUCCAGCUUCUUGGCGCUGAUACGCAACACACGCACACAGCGCACGACGCACAAGUGGAUCAGUGAAGUACGGAUCAGUGGAAGAACGGAUGUGACUUACUUGGACACGGGUUGGUGGGCAUGGGCACGAUUUUGGCCUCCCAUGACUGCGUAAGACAACCACAGACACGCACACCCGACCAAACGAUGUGCCGCUGUUUUGCUUUCCGCGCGUGCGUGUGGAUUCGGUCGCCGCUUACACUUCUUGACGGUAUCGACUUCGUCUCCCGCCCGUCGCGCCUGGUUGACGACCUUGGCGUCCGACGCCUUGCUCCCAGAUGGCUUUGUCUUAGACCACGUCACGGUCUCCCAGUCCUGGUGGCCCUGAGCUGGUCGCGACAUCUUGAACCUCUCCAAUCAACCCAAUCACACUAGAACAGCUCGUGAUUACGCGAAAACAAGGCUUUCUGUCGUCCUCCGCGCGAU